CGUUCGAAAUUGUAGUUUGCUCACAGUAAAUACCAUGAGCUUGUGCUUGCGCUCCUUCGGCCUUCCUCCAUCAAGGCCAAGGACAUCUCUUCAACGGAGCCCGAGAUUAACGAAAGCCCAACCUUUUGCUCGGAGGGUCACAUGCCGGAGACUCGGAGUUAUCAGAGAAGAAGUUGAGACCGUUACUGUUGAGUCUCUCGAAACUACUUCAUCGCCACAAACCCAACCAAUCACCACUGAUUCCGGAGAAGAGAUCCAGGAGCUAAUCAAUAAUAAUGGUUUGGCUGUCCUCAAAGAGCCGGAAAAUACCCAAACUCCACCGGAACCGUCUCCCAGCAGAGACUUUGAGAAGCUAAAAGAUGACAAGAGCUAUGAGGAUAGAUUCAAAUUGCGUAACGGGCGUGAGGUUUUUGAAGAAAAAACCUAUCUCGUUGGGGUUGAGCGGAAAGGUGAGCAGGAGAAUUUAUUCGGUACCGAGGAAUCACUCAAGGAGUUAGCCCAGCUCGCCGACACUGCUGGACUUCUUGUUGUUGGUUCUACAUCACAGAAACUUGCUACUCCAAAUUCAAGAACAUACAUUGGAUCUGGCAAGGUUGUAGAAAUCAAGAAUACCAUUAAUGCCUUGGAUGUUGAGACUGUAAUAUUUGAUGAUGAGCUUUCAGCAGGGCAACUACGUAAUUUGGAAAAGGCUUUUGGCGGAGAUAUUCGAGUCUGCGACCGGACUGCUCUUAUUCUGGAUAUCUUCAACCAACGAGCUGCCACGCAUGAAGCCGCUUUACAGGUUGCAUUGGCACAAAUGGAAUACCAACUUCCACGCCUAACAAAAAUGUGGACUCACCUUGAGCGUCAAGCAGGAGGACAAGUGAAGGGUAUGGGUGAGAAACAGAUUGAAGUGGACAAGCGUAUCUUACGAACUCAAAUUGGUUCUCUGAAAAAAGAGUUGGAGUCUGUUCGAAAACAUCGAAAACAGUAUAGAAGCCGGCGUUUUUCUGUACCAGUUCCCGUAGUGUCUUUGGUGGGGUAUACAAAUGCGGGAAAGAGUACACUCCUAAAUAAAUUGACUGGGGCAAAUGUUCUUGCUGAGGAUCGAUUAUUUGCAACACUUGAUCCAACUACAAGAAGGGUACAGACGAAGAACGGGAAGGAGUUUCUUCUAACAGAUACUGUUGGAUUCAUCCAAAAGCUACCAACUACACUUGUGGCUGCUUUCAGAGCAACCCUAGAGGAAAUAUCAGAGUCUUCACUUUUGGUCCAUGUCGUGGAUAUCAGCCACCCACUAGCACAGCAACAGAUAGAUGCUGUUGAAAAAGUUUUGUCAGAACUGGAUGUGGCAUCAAUUCCAAAGUUGAUGGUCUGGAACAAGGUUGAUAAGGUUGGUUAUCCUCAUCAAGUUAAGAUGGAAGCAGAGGAAAGAGAGGAUGUUAUUUGCAUUUCAGCUUUAAAUGGUGAUGGGUUACAUGAAUUUUGCAAUGCAGUUCAUGCAAAACUGAAGGAUUCUAUGGUAUGGGUAGAAGCUCUUGUCCCAUUUGAAAAGGGAGAACUCCUCAAUACCAUACAUCAGGUUGGAAUGGUGGAAGGAACUGAAUAUCAAGAGAAUGGGACAUUGAUCCGAGCACAUGUGCCCCUUCCACUUGCGAGACAACUCACACCAAUGAGGCUACUUUGUAAAUCAUCACCACAAAUUGUCUGAAAUGGAAACCUAUGUUGUAACUGGUAAGUCCCAUGUUAACAAUUCAUCUGGUAAACCACCUGCUUGUUGAUUCCGUUACCCUUUUCUCCUCCCAUCUUUUGUAUAGGUCUCCCACCUUCAUGGCUCAUUGUAGAUACCCAAAAGACACACUCUUUCUAUAGCAUCCUUUUGUAGUUUUGAAACAAAAAUCAUGCUAUAAAUGGAUGAAUGCUUUUAAUGUGUUUCUUCUG